AUGUUCCAAGUAAUGUUACAAUUACAUACGUCAAAUUCUGAUAUAUCUGACCAAGAGUUACUUCAUCUUUCCCGAAGAGAGAUGAACAAACCCGUAAAAGGGAGAGGUGACGGAGAAGAUUCAAGGAAGCGACUUACGAUUGCGCUGGAGAGAAGACAACCCAGCAUCACAGCCAGCUCGGAGCAAAGAGAAGCUACAGAGCUUAAGAGGCGACUAGACUUUGAGAUAACUAAAAAAACUGCAGCCUUAAAACCCAGGGAUCGGAUUAAAGUCUCUGUGAAGCAUAGGGAGAAGUUUGAACGGCUUUUAGAACUGUGGGAAAGUGACCCUGAAUUGAUAACAAUAGUAAAUGAUAAUGGCGUAUGUUUCAAAGAAGAGUUCAAAAUAGGCGACGGCGGUAGCAACACAAAGGUGUAUAUUUGCUUGGGAUCUGACGGAAUAGAACGAGCGAUAAAACGUUUGCCAAAACAUCUGUGUGAGAAAUUCUUGAAGAAUGAACGAGAUAUCUUGAAUUCUCCGAAUGCAGUCGAGUCGCAACGAAUUGUAAAUUAUUGUUUCUACGAUGACACUUCCAACCCUGAUUUCGGUUAUUUGAUUCUGAAAUUAUAUGAACAAAAUCUUGAAGAAUAUAUCGGGGAGGAAGGCGAAAGAAUCCCAGAAUCCCGUGUUCGAGAGAUGAUACAUCAAGUGUUGGAAGGGCUGAAAGCAUUACAUGCUAGAGAGCCUAGAAUUCUGCACAGAGACUUGAAACCAACUAAUAUACUUCUUGAUGUGAAGGGUGAUUUACUGCUGUCUGAUUUUGGUAUUGGACGCUUUUUCCCAGAAAAAG